GCGCCUGUUUCCUCUCUUCAAUAUCAACUUGAUUUGUCUCAAUUGUUUUCAUGGUUUGUUGACAAUCAUAUCAAGUUGCAAUUGUUGAUAAUCAGUGAAAUUUGUUUGUGUCUCUGAUCUGAACUUCAAUUGAUAAUGAAAACGGGUAGAUUUUUUCACGAUUAAGCGCCAAUUGGUUUUGAGCUUUUGUCUUUGGUAUUUUUUCAAUGAAAAUCAAUUGAUCAUCAUUACUGUCAUUUUGUUAUGGAUCAAUUAGCAAAUGAUUUAAGUUUCGCUAUAAUUGAUGUAGAAGAUGUGAAAAAUGAUCUGACCCCAAGGCUCUUGCCACCGGAUGGACGAAGCAUCAAACCUUUGGGUAAGGAUAAACUGACAACUAAUUUUGUUUCAUUUACUGAUUUUGCAAACAAUUUCUAUUCAGGUUCUAAAGCGAAACUAUCCAAGCCCAUUCUGCGAUCAGCGUCCAUCUUGUUGAGGUCCAAGAAAUUGAUUCUAAGUGAUUCUGAAUCAGAAGAUGGCGGAGAUAAAUCGGGAGACCCAUUGUGUCUCAUUCCCCCUCAAAGUAAAGAGAUGAAAGAGAUUCCUGGACCUUUUGGUGAUUAUCCCGCUUCCCUUUCUCGAAAACAUCGCAUGAAAAAACAAAAGAGGAAAAAAGAAUCCAAAGAUGAGAGACUUUUCGGUCAAUUGUGUGUCGGACAAUCAAAUUUCAAUCAAUAUUUUGGUAAACGUAAGAGAAGCACAACUGUGAACAACCAGCAAUCAACCUCUGGGGGUAUAGAUGAAACUCAUGGGAUGAACGAUGAUCAUGGCAACAAUGGAGGGAAUAGCAAUUCUUAUCAACUUAAUUCGAUGGAUUGUGAGUCGCAAAGUGAUUGUGAUUCAUCAUCAUUGUCUGAAUCUGUUUGUGACUCAGAUCAUUUCGCCGAAGCUGAUGAUGAACAAUCAGAUUUCCACGAAGUCAUGUCCAGAUCAAAGAAAGACAUUUGUCAACCGAGUUCAAGUAAUAACUGUGGACCAAUCGGCAACUCGACAUCCAAACCAAUCUUCCGAACCAAAUACAGUCCAUCCAUACCGAUACCUCAGAAUCCAUUUGCUUCGGUUCCAUCCACACCUUCAUCGUCUUACAAUUCACUAACUGGUGGAUCAUCGGUGCUCUGGAAAAGACGUCGUCGUAACCAUUAAAAUCUAAAACAAAGUUUCAAUUUAAAUCAAUUGUUUCGAGGCAGAUGAACAAUCAUGGUGGUUUAUCACUCUAUUCAUGGUACCAAGUAAUUAAUCACUUGAAUGAUCUGAAAUCUUUGUUCUUUGUUUUGUCCUAGUAUUUGAACUUGAUAAACUUGAUACUUAAUCUCAUCUAAUGUGCAAUAUUUUAAGAUGAUUAAUUGCAACCAAUUUCUCGGCGAUUUAGAGAGUCGAUUGCAUUACCUUAACUUAAGAUUAAUUUAGCCUCUGGUUUUUAAUCGUAAAAAGUGAUAAUCAAAUUGUGAAACAAUUACCCUGUCAAAGUGACUCAGAUUCACUAUUUCUUGAUUGACUUACUUAUUGCAUGUAAUUUAUAUACAUUUUUCAUUCACAUAAAAUGUAAUCAAGAUCAUUGAUUGGCAGUUUUGUAUGAAAAUUUAUCUAAUCACUGAAUUUAUCAGCAUAAUGACAAUUAGUUGAUUCAUAUUAAUGUUCAACGAUCACAAUAAAUUCUGAUAUGACUUCCUAA